AUGUCCUACAACCACUACAUGGCCAUCUGCAAGCCCCUGCACUGUGGGACAAGCAGAGCUUGUGUCCACAUGGCAGCAGCUGCCUGGGGCAGUGGGUUUCUCAAUGCUCUGCUGCACGCAGCCAGCACAUUUUCACUAUGCCUCUGCCAAGGCAAUGCUGUGGAGCAGUUCUUCUGUGAAAUCCCCCAGAACCUCAAGCUCUCCUGCUCACAUUCCUACCUCCGGGAAGUUGGACUUCUUGUGGUUGGUGCCUGUUUCUCACUGGGGUGUUUUGUUUUCAUUGCAGGGUCCUACGUGCAGAUCAUCAGACCAGUGCUGACAAUCCCCUCUGAGCAAGGACACCACAAAGCCUCUUCCACGUGCCUCCCUCACCUAGCCAUGCUCUCCCUGUUUGUCAGUACUGGCACAUGUGCCUACCUGAAGCCCUCCUCCAUCCCAUCCCCAUCCCUGGAUCUGGUGGUGGCAGUUCUGUACUCGGUGGUGUCUCCAGCAGUGAACCCCCUCAUCUACAGCAUGAGGAACCAGGAGCUCAAGGAUGCUCUGAGGAAGCUGGUGACUGGAUGUGUUUCAGCAUCCAUACACUGCCUGCUUUCCUCUGCAAAGGGCUCUCAGUCUAGACCAUGA